ACGCGGCGUGAACCACGUGGUCGUGCACGCCGUCAUACGACACGUCACCAUUUCCGCGUCUGCUCGCUGGAUUAGGGUUUCGUUCACGAUCCAUUCCUCCGCCGACUCCAAGAGCAAGGAAGGCUUCUGCUGCUCGUCUGGAUCAUCGUCGCCGAGCGGAAUCGCUUUUCCCCUCCCGUAGGUGCCAUCUCCGAUCCCCUUUCGAGUCGAGAAUUCCAUCUGUCCCAGCACAGCAUCAAACCUGAUCGUACUGCAUCCUUCUUUCUGGUUCAGACUGUUGCUUGACAAACAGUUCUUCGUUCGGUUCAUAUUCAGUCAAGUAAAUAUGCCAAAGGAAAGGAGGACCCGUUCUGUAUCCUUUGAACGAAGAUCCAGUGCAUCACCUUUCCCAUGCAGCUCAUCCAGAGAUCGGAAGCAUUCUUCUUCUUCUUCUUCUUCCUCCUCCUCUCGUAGCACUCCUGAAUCAGCAGCCAAGGGCAUCGAAGAGUGGGAGGAGAUUCGUUGCCCUGUGUGCAUGGAUCACCCUCACAAUGCUGUUCUCCUCCUAUGUUCCUCCCAAGGGAAGGGUUGCCGCCCAUUCAUGUGUGACACCAGCUACCGCCAUUCUAAUUGCCUGGACCGGUACUGCAGGGCAUUUUCUGAAUCCCAGCCAUCUCAGAAUGACGAGGGCCAGCAGCCAACAAAGCUCUCGUGCCCUCUGUGUCGUGGGCUUGUUACUGGUUGGACGGUGGUGGAGCCCGCACGCAGAUUUCUCAAUGCUAAGAUUCGUAGCUGCUCUACGGAGUCCUGUGGGUUUAAUGGGGUUUAUGGCGAGCUGCGGAAGCAUGCUAGGAAAGAGCACCCCUCCGUGCGGCCAUCAGAGGUGGACCCUGACCGGCAACGAGAUUGGCGGAGGUUGGAGCAGCAGCGUGAUCUUGGGGACUUGUUCAGCAUGUUUCGGUCGCCCAUCGGUGGAGAAGAAGAUGGAAUUGGCAUCAGCGAAGAUGAUGGAGAAUUCCGCAGCAGUAUAAUCCCGUUUCCCUCGAUCACAGUUUUUUUGAUUGUGCAGGUGACUCGAGCAGGGAGUAUGGGUGCCUCGCGAUCAUCUUUGCGUUACUCGAGAAGCUCCUUGGGUGGUUCUGCAUGGAGGAGGCGAAGAGGAAGGGGCAUGAUCCUGUGGGGAGAGACCUUCAGUGAACAAGAGUCUUCUAGCAGAGCAACCAGUGAUGUUAUUGAUGAUGAUGGUGGUCGUAAUGACAGCAGAGAUGGGGAGGUCUCUGUUGCUCCUCGACGAGGUGAAAGGAGACAUCAGCUGCACCCGAGGAUGUCGGAUGACGACGACGAUGAUGAGUUAUUGUGAUAGUAGGGAUGUCCCCUUCAGCCAGUUUGCAGUGUUGGUUUUUGGCGUGUUGAGCUGGUUGGGGUUUGUAAAUCACUUGUUUGUGGCACAAGGGGAAUCGCCUACUUCACUAUUCAACAUUUUGAGGCACGAGGCUCUGCCCUAUAGGAAAAGUGAAAAACAAAAAGUGAAAGUUAGAAUAGAGUCGCUUCAAUGAACAAUUUUUUACAUUGAAUACGGGCUUCUGCUUUGAUCGGUAUCAUUUUAGUGCGCUUUUCGUUUAUUCGUUGAUAGUCAUAUCUCUGGGUAGGCUUGGUUGAUGGUUUCUUGGAUGGGCGUUUCCUGCCUGAAGUUUUGGGUGGGGGAAGGGGUUGGGUUGGGUUGUGGUAAUUUGUGAAUUUGGUCCAUUUUAUGCAUGAUUUUGGUUGCGGCAUAUGGACUUGCAGCGUUUUUGCCA